AUGGCCAAUACCCAAUCUUUCAGAAACACAAUAUUUCAACUCCUAAUCCAUCCUUGGCUAUGGAGGGUCACGGGAUUCGGGUCAAGCAUUGUCGGGUUCACCUGCUAUGCCUUAAGCCCCUCAUUCCAAUAUUUGUUCGGACAUUGGAGCACGCUGAAGAUCGUAAUUUACAGCAUGGUAUGCUCACUUUUCAGUAUCAUGAUGCUUUUCGUUCACCGAUUCAGAGGGCAACGUGAAAGGAGCAUCUUGUUGAAAACACAUGUGGGUUAUGUGGUCUUAACGCUUACCUCUGUGUGGUCGUUUUUAGAAGACCGUAGUGAAGAAGGGAAAGUGGAAAAAGGGCACGGGAAAAUGAUGGACGCGAUCUCAUGUGGGGCAUUUAGCUGGAUGGCUUUGAGCUUGUCGAGACAACUCCGAGUUGGAUUCGAAGUUGGGGUGUCUAACUUCUUUGCUGGAUGCUUCUUGGUGACUGUGAUGAAGAUGAGCUUAAAGUUAGGUCUGCUCGCAGCAUUGUUCUGCUAUUUGCUUAUCAACGUCCGUUCCAUUUCUGAUUUCCUGCUUCAAUUGCAUGCACGUCAUACCACACAACAUGGAGAUGGCAACAGUACUCAAUCUGUCCACCAGAAUCCAGUAGUGGCUAAUUUCGUAGAUUUGGAAGCAAAUGCUGAUGUCUUAGCCCGUGAUACUCUUGGUGAAAGAGCGAGUGUCACGGAAAACAACGAAUGGACGGCACAGAGCUAUAACCCCUCUGAAGCUAUGGAUGAAGAAGGUGGUGGUGAAAACCUUCACGCAGGGUCAUCAUUAGAAGACGCAGGGACAAUGACCUCUUCUACAGAUGAGUCUUCGAUUAGGCUUCUAGAACAGGAGAGAGAGUGGACGGAGGCAGAUGAUGAACCUGGGGUGUACAUCACAAUCAAGCAAUUAGCUGAUGGAACAAAGGAGCUUCGCCGUAUCAGAUUCAGCCGGAGGAGAUUUGAGGAGGCCGCAGCAGAGAUAUGUCUUCCCAGAAAUACCAUUAGUGAAGGUCUCAUGGCACUCUCAAACCAUGCAAGGCCAGAAUUUGCUUUUGUGGUGACUCCAUUUCAGCCCGAAGGCUCUAACGAUAUUGGGAGGACAACUUCAGGAAAUGGUGCAUCCGCGUCAUCCAUGGUUAGACUGGGAGGCAGUGAGACAACAUUAGAACCAACUGUCAAGGAUUUGUUGAGUUGUGAUACAUGA